AUGGAAAAUGCUGACUCAAGGCCCCGCAUGGGACUCAUCAUCGAUACAAAACCGGAUUACUACCCAAUCGAACUGUCUAACGCUGAACUACUCUCUCAUUUUGAAAUGUUACAGGAAUACCACCACGAAAUCUCCACAAACGUCAUUGCGCAGUCUUGCAAAUUUAAGCCAAAUUCAAAACUCAUAGACCAACAGCCUGAAAUGAAUCCCGUCGAAACAAGAUCCAAAAUCACCACUUUUUUAUUCGAGCUGUCUGUAGUAACUCGAGUCACAAAUGGUAUUUUUUUUCACGCCGUUAGACUAUAUGACCGCUAUUGCUCCAAAAGAAUUGUGCUACAGGACCAAGCUAAAUUGGUUGUAGCAACUUGCCUCUGGUUAGCUGCUAAAACAUGGGGCGGUUGUAAUCAUAUUAUCAAUAACGUGGUUAUCCCAACCGGUGGAAGAUUUCAUGGCCCUAACCCAAGAGCCCGUAUACCUCGUCUUUCCGAAUUAGUUCAUUAUUGUGGAGAUGGUCAGGUCUUUGACGAAUCGAUGUUUCUACAAAUGGAGAGACACAUACUAGACACUUUAAAUUGGAAUAUUUAUGAGCCCAUGAUCAAUGAUUACGUUUUAAAUGUCGAUGAAAAUUGUUUGAUGCAAUACGAACUGUAUGAAAACCAAAUGAGCUAUAACAAAAAGUGUUCUGAGAAACGCCAAUCUCAGUUAUCACAAGAUAGUGAUGCCACCGUAGAUGAAAGACCCCCUUCCUAUGAAAGCGAAGAGGAGGAAGAGGAGGAAGACCUACAAUUGAAAAUCAAAUUGAUCAAUUUAAAGAAAUUUUUGAUCGACGUAUCCGCUUGGCAGUAUGAUUUGCUUCAGUUUGAACUAUUUGAAGUAUCACACGGAAUUUUUUCAAUCAUCAACCAAUUCAUUAAUCAAGACCAUGGUCCCUUUUUAAUGACUCCAGUGACGUCAAACAGGAAAAAUACUGAAGUGCUAAAUAUUCUGAUGAGCGGUAUCAUUUCCGUCCCAAAAUCUCUACUCGAAGUUUACAGAACGGUUAAUGGUAUUUUGCCAUUCAUUGAUCAAGUAAGAGGAUACCAAUUGGAUCUACAAAGACAAUUGCAAAUUGCAUCCAACUUGAACUUAUCAAGAAAACUGACGAUAUCCACACCAUGUUGCUUUGAAAAUUCACACACUACAUCCAUUCCUUCGCCCACUUAUUCAUCUCACAGCCAUACCCCAAUGAGAAAUAUGAGUUCUUUAUCAGAUAACAGUGUUUUCAGCAGGACCAUGGAGCAAUCAUCACCAAUCACACCAAGUAUGUACCAAUUUGGUCAGCAGCAGUCGGGUAGUACAUGCGGCAGUACAAUCAGUGUGAACAGUCUAAGAAAUAGCAGUAAUAAUCAAAAUAAUCAUGAAAAAGUGGCUGGUCCCAACAGUAAUAACGCGGUCAAUGACUACAUUGAUUUACUGAACGUAAGUGAGGCUAAUAAGGAGAAUCAGAACCCAACAACGCAUUUUCUUAAUGGAGGCCCCCCCAAGACAAGCUUCAUUAAUCAUGGAAUGUUUCCCUCACCAAGUGGCACUAUACAUAGCGGCAAUUCAAGCAGUGCCUCAUCUUUAGUUUCUUUUGGUGUGAGCAACAACCGAAUAGUAUAG